AUGCCCCCUGUCUCCCUGUCCAUCGAGCGGCUGGGGAUUGCCGACGCCGACGUUGAUGCGAUGUGUGAGAUGCUGUUCGGUGGGGAAGGAAAAUGGAACGAAAAAAAGUCGCCCGGCUGCGAGGAGGCGCGCGCAAAUGCCUGCACGCCAGCGCUGUCUGCCUGCCCCAGCGCCAUCGGUGGGGCCGACCAGAGAAAGGACGUAGGCAGCCCGACAGAAGGCCACCGGCAUGAGGCACGUGCCGGCAGCUGCCUGUUGCCGCCCUGCCCGAUUGGGUCUCUUUUUUUUUUCCUUGCCUGGUCGCUCGACGCUCACGUCACUGGCCUUGGCAUGGAAUACAGCUGGAAUCAGGUCGACCUGGCCGACGGCCUUGCAUUGCAGGCUCCAGAGGGCUGCGAAUUGUUCCUAGGGGCUGGUACCGUCGAAUUGAGCCUCUCGUACGCGUAUCCAAAACAUUGUUGGGGUUGUCUCACUAGGAAUCGCUACGCUAAGGCCGACUACACCGAGAAUGCUGUUGCGAAAAGGGAGGCUGAACUUUGAACUGAACCAUGAUCGUCGCAGAGUGCGCGCCAACGCGGCCUCCGGCACAUCCUUUCUUUUUUCCUUCCGCCUUCCAUCUUUUCCCGCUUCCCACUUUUCCCUUUGCUUUCGUCGUAUUUGCC